AUGGCACCCAAGCCCACCGAUCAGCACGACGUCGCGAUAGAUGCGCACUCAGGCUCUGCUCUUGCCACAACGAAGCAGAAUCUCCGCUACCUCUACGACCCCAAAGCAGCGGGUGCAGGCGCCGUCUCAUCUCGCCGCACACGCGCCGCUCUGCGCGUACUUCGAUCGAGUUUGAUCUUCAUCUUUUGGCGCGUCGUGCGUUACGCGAAAUAUGUCGCCAUUGGCUCUUUUGUGGCUACAAUAGGUGCAGGCGCGAUGGGUACAUUCAUGAGUGGUGCAGGAUUCGUGCUUGCACCUACAGGUAUUGCGGGCACGAUCAUUGCAAGCUCGGUAUGGGGUAUCGGGCGCUUUGCUGUGCGCAGAGUUAAGAAGCGAUGGGGAGCAGGGUAUGGGUCCGGUGAGGCGGAAGCAGGGGCAGAAGCGAGGAGUACCAGGGUUGCGCAGAUGGAGCGCGGGCCUGAGGCGAUUCCCUGGUGA